AUGGGUGAGGUUGUUUGGGGGGGUUUGUGGUUGGUUGGUUUUUUUGUUGGUUGUGGGGGGGGGUGGGUGGGUGUGGGGGGGUUUGGUGGGGGGGGUGGGGGUUAUUUGGUGUUGGUGGGGUGGGUGUUGUGGGGUUGGGGGGGGGGGGGUAUGGGUGUGGGGGGUGUGGUGGUGUGGGGUGGGGGGGUGGUGUGGGGUUUGGGGGUGUGGGUUUUGGUGGGUGGUUUGGGGGGGGUGGUGGGUUUUUUAAUGUUGGGUGUGAUUGGUUGUUUGUUGGGUGGUGUAUGUUGUGUUUUUGUGUUGGUGGGGUGGGGUGUUUGGUUUGUUGGUGUGUUGUGUUUUGUGUUUGUGAAUAUUGUGUUGGGGUUGUGGUGGGUGGUGGUGGGUUUGUGUGGGUGGGUGUGUGGUGUGGUGGGGUGGGGGUGUGUGGGGGUGGGGGGUGGGUUUUUGGGGGGGGGGGGUUGGGGGGGUGGGGUGUUGGUGUGGUGUGAUGUGUUGGGGGGGGGGGGGGGGGGGGGGGGGUUGUUUGGGGGGGGUGGGUUGGUUGGGGGGGUGUUGGUGUGGUUGGGGGGGGGGGGUGGUUGGUGGGUGGGGGGGGGGGGGGGGGGUUGA